CUCUCUGCACUCAUGAAGUGUUUUCCACUAGGGAAGCGUAACUGGUAUUGGGAAGCCAGCAGGGAAACACUGGGAUGAAACCUUUAUGGACGCAGACUGUAGUGGUGUAGGUAUGGAUGGAUAGUGGGGGAAAGCCUCAGCACAGUGGUAACAGCCGUUCUACCAAGUAUCUGACAGGGUGUGACCACUCCUCCACCUGAAUCUGGGGACCCUAAGACCCUCAAGAUGCCCCACAAGAGUAGGAAAGAAAAGGAGUCCUCGAAAUCUGGAAGAUCAAAACAAUCUGGAAGCAAAAACGGGCCUGCAGGAAACCAAGAUGGUUCAGGUAAGAAAGUGCCCCCUGCAGCUCAGCUGUUGAGGGUGAAGCAACCAGCGUCCCACUCAGCUGUGAAGAGAGAGAAGAGGUUCAGCACCUCCUCCUUCCCUCUCAGUGCUAACAGAGAGCUGCAGAAGCUUCCAGCUCUCGCAGGGAAGUGGGCUGCCAUUCGGCUGGCGUUUGACUAG